AUGGACGAGGCCAAGUAUGUUGCGCAUGAGGGCCAGGUAGACGUGACAGUGCAGGGGCCUAUUGACAUCGAGAACCCAUUGAGUGGUAUUCCUCGAGAUCAACUCCUUCGCGAUGUCGAAGAUUAUGCGCAAGAAUACGACCUGAACGACAUCCUUCCUCUCCUGAAGAAGGGAGCCCUGGUGGCCCAGAGGCCGGAUCAGUACAACGACAUCCCAGAGUUGAGCCCUGAGGAUCGUCAGUACUUGCGACAAGAGACAACCAACCGCUGGAAGCACCCUUGGGCACUUUAUUACACAAUCAUCCUCAAUUCCAUCGCCGCUGCUAUUCAAGGAUGGGAUCAGACGGGAUCCAACGGCGCCAACCUUACCUUUGCACAUCAGUUCGGAAUCCCACAGGAUCCGCCCGACUGCACAUCUCCUGCUGAAUGCAGUCGCAACCAGUGGAUUGUCGGCGCCAUUAACUCCGUACCUUACAUGACGAUCGCGAUUUUUGCUGGCUGGAUUUCUGAUCCUCUGAACCAUUGGCUUGGUCGCAAGUGGGUCAUUUUCAUUGCUGCAGUGUUCAGCUUGGUCGCUCCCAUCGCGUGCGCAGCGACCCAGUCUUGGGGUCAGCUAAUGGCCUGUCGUGUUCUACUUGGAAUCGGAAUGGGUCUGAAGGAAGUGACGGUCCCGGUCCUUUCUGCUGAGAAUGCCCCUACUAAUGUUCGUGGAGGUCUGGUCAUGUCCUGGCAGAUCUGGACUGCGUUCGGUAUCUUCUUGGGAACAUGCGCCAAUCUUGCUGUCGUCAAUACAGGUGCGAUUGCAUGGAGACUUCAACUUGGCUCAGCAUUUAUCCCCGCUGUUCCACUACUCCUUGGAGUGUAUUGGUGUCCAGAGUCCCCUCGUUGGCUUUUGACAAAGAACAAGGCUCGCAAGGCAUAUAACUCACUGUUGCGGCUGCGGAAUAGUCCUCUUCAGGCAGCCCGUGACCUCUACAAGAUCCACUCACAGAUGAAAUUAGAAAAGAAGCUCAUCGAAACCUCUGCGGAAUUCUCUAAGAAUGAUAACAUGAUUGUGCGAUUCAUAGAGCUAUUCACCGUUCCACGAAACCGUCGCGCUACCCAGGCCUCUGGUAUUGUUAUGAUCGGACAGCAGAUGUGCGGCAUCAACAUCAUCGCGUUCUACUCCUCUUCGAUCUUCGCCAAGGCCGGUGCCAGCAACAUCGAGGCGCUCCUUGCAUCCUUCGGCUUCGGCUUCGUCAACUUCCUGUUCGCCUGGCCCGCCGUCUGGACCAUUGACACCUUCGGUCGUCGCUGGCUCCUGCUCGCGACCUUCCCCAACAUGUGCUGGACACUCCUAGCAGCAGGCUUCUGUUUCUGGAUACCAGAAGAGCAAAAGAGCGCACACCUGGGCGGCAUCGCACUUUUCAUUUACCUCUUCAACAUUUUCUACUCCCCCGGUGAAGGUCCCGUGCCAUUCACCUACUCUGCCGAAGUCUUCCCAGUCUCCCAUCGUGAGAUCGGCAUGGCAUGGGCAGUCGCAACAAACAAUUUCUGGGCCGCUGUGCUAUCGCUCACAUUUCCGUACAUCUUGCGAGAGUUCAAACCACAGGGUGCCUUUGGUUUCUACGCAGGUCUGAAUAUUGUGGCCUUGGUCCUGAUCUUCCUCUUCCUACCCGAGACCAAGCAGAGAUCUCUCGAGGAAUUGGACCGUGUCUUUAGCGUGUCGACCCGCGCACACGCCAAGUACCAAUUGACUGAGGCACUACCGUGGUGGUUUAAACGGUACGUGUUCCGCCAGAAGAAUGCCGUCUGCCGGGAUCUGUAUGAUGAGAACUUCGCGGUCAAUGUUGUGCCAAGGAAUUUCAAAUCUGGGAAUGUUGUGCAGCUGGAGAGUGUGAAUGUGUGA